GAGCCCCGCCUCCAACUCCAAAGACUACUUAGCGCUGGAAGUGCUUCCCAAGCUGAUCUUCCUCUGGACCCCAGAAGGCGAAAUAACCCAGGAGACCACAACCUGACCCACAAGUUCCGCUGCGCGCUCCGCGAACUGCCAAAAGACCCAGCCCCGCCUGCUGUCUCCAAAUCUCCAAAUCCCCGACAGACAACAGACGCCCGGUACCAACCGACCUUCCUACUUCCCGAGACCCCUACCCGGCGGGCUGAAAAGGGCUCCCCAACUGGUGGGCGAAGAGGGUUGGCUCCAGGCCAGAGUUGCCCUCUGGCAACCCAUUUGCCGGUUUCACCGCAUUCUUCCUUUACAGCCCAGCCCGCCAUGGCCCAGUUGCUGAUGGUCACGGUAACCCUCGGUUGCAUCAGCCUUCUCUACCUGCUCCCGGGCACGCUGUCUGGCAGCCUGGCCAAGGGACUGAGGUUCUCCAGACCCAGAGAGUCCCCUGCCAAGAUUCCUUCCAGUGGCCUGCAGCCUGGACACCUUUCACUCUGGCCGGUAGUCAGGAAGCUUCGUCACGCUCCCCAUCCACAGGGAAGGGGCAACCUGGCCCUUGGCAUGGUUCAUCUGCCUCAGGGUGGUGGUUCACGACACGGACACGCAGGUCCCCAGCGACACCUGAGACCCCGAAGACCCCAUGCCCAGCUUAUGCGGGUGGGCUGUGUACUGGGCACAUGUCAAGUCCAGAAUCUCAGCCACCGGCUGUGGCAGCUUGUCCGGCCAGCUGGCCGUCGGGACUCGGCGCCUAUGGAUCCCAGCAGCCCCCAUAGUUAUGGCUGAGGCGGGUCCUCGAUGGUCCACCUCCUGGAGUGCUGUCCCAGAGCUGCAGCUGAGCUCCACACCCUGGCCCGGUUGUCUGGGGCUCCUGCUGGCAAGCAGUUCCUUGUGGCUUUGGAUAUCAUAAACCUAUAAGGAUACGUGGAUCUAGGCUGUAGAAUUGGCACUGACAGGGGCUUGUGCAUGCCGGAACUGUGCACACUCAGGGUACAGGUGCUUGGAAGAAAUGCUGACGGCACCACAUGCUGCAAAGAACUUGAAAGAAUGAG